AUGUCUCGACCACAUGGGGAAGAUGCUCAUCCGGAGGAGCUGGCGCAAAACAUGCCGCCACGCCGCAAUUCCUCCGGAUUAGCCCCUUGGGGUCUUCGUGCUUUAGCUCCCUCGUUCAUACCUCAGUCGCAGCACCAUGUGGCUCAUCCGCCUGGUCUGGCCCCUUCUCGACUUUCGUCUACAUCAAUGAACUUCGAAUGCGUUGUGCAACCUCAGGCUCAUGCGCCUGAGCCUUCUCAUGGCCAUCAGUAUGUCAAUACCCAGCCAAUCGGCCCCAAAACCCAGCAGACCAGGACUGCUCAAGCUCAUACUUUACCCAUCAGAGCUCCUCAGGUCACAGCUCCCAAGGUUGAGCUUCCCCAAAUUGAUACUCGUGCACUUGGCCCUAACGCAAUGGUCCCCGGCCUAUGGACGCCUGACCCGUUGAGCCCUGACUCACUGGCACCAUCACCACCACCGGCAGAAUCUACUCAUGAUCUGCGUCCCCCUCUCCCUUUUGGCCGCCUUCCAUCUACCGUCGAAGAGAUAGGACGGUCUUUCCUGACCACGACUACAAUCGAUCCCCACAAUGUCUACAAAACCGCGACGCGCCCUUGCCAAAUUGCUCAUAGACAAUACACGAACUGGACUCGGGUUGCCUACAGCGCUCGGAUAUUGCCGGAGACAUUCUUGACUAGGUGGCAUCAAGCUCUCGGAGAGGUGCGUUUGGUAUUUGGAUAUUCAGCUCUCCCGAACAUCAUCGUCUUCAACCAAUUCCUCUCCGCCGUCUCCGCCAACCCUGAAGCUCGCGAUUGGGUAGCUUCCCUUCAUGUUCCCAUGGACAGACCGUUGGCAGACUCUGUUAUGGAAGAGACAUACAGGGAUUUUCUUAAAUGCAAGGCUCGUCGACUCGGCCACCCUCCGUCGAUAUGGAAUCCUCAACCUGCGGAGACCAAGGCACCAACCGCUGAGGGAGGACUCAAGUAUUACUGCCCACUUCACCACAUUUUGACCGAGCGUUCUAUGGAGGAUUGUCCGCUCCUUCCACGAAACGCCAGCGCAAAGCAGGCUGAAAAUAUGGGUGGAAGCAAGAAGGGUGGAAGUCAGAAGGACAGGAAGAAGAGAUGA